UCCUCUCCGUCUCCAUUCAUCCGAGAAUCCCCAAAUAAUUCUGAACCCUAAUUCUAAAUCCGUCCGAAUCCAUGUCGAUCCCACCUUCUUCAGCUUCAAAUUCGGCAGCUUCAUCGUCUUUGCAGUACACCUACGCUAACAAUUCUUACUUCCCUUUACCCUUCCAUCUCCAGCAAUCCGAUCCUUCUGCGGUUUCACAGUAUGCUGCCGCCGUCCCUCCGUCACCGGUUCCGCUCCCGGCUGCUCCUGUUGUUGCCCCUGUCUAUUCGAUCCCGCAAUAUCAAUACCAACAGGCUGCUCAACAGUUAUUUCAGCGGGAUGCGCAAACCAUUACGCCUGAAGCACUUGAGAGUGUAAAAGCUGCCCUUGCGAGCAGUGAAAUUGAGCACAAAGCAGAGACUAAGAAGAAAGCUAUUCCUCGUAAAGCUGCUGGGCAGGCUUGGGAGGAUCCGACACUUGCAGAGUGGCCUGAGAAUGAUUUUCGACUGUUUUGCGGUGAUCUUGGUAACGAGGUGAAUGAUGAUGUUCUCUCGAAGGCUUUUUCGAGAUUUCCUUCUUUUAAUAUGGCCAGGGUCGUCAGAGAUAAGCGAACUGGGAAAACCAAGGGCUAUGGAUUUGUUAGCUUCGCCAACCCUUCUGACCUUGCUGCAGCUAUGAAGGAGAUGAAUGGGAAAUAUGUUGGGAAUCGCCCCAUCAAAUUACGCAAGAGCAACUGGAAGGAGAGGACAGAUAUUGAGGCGCUACAAAAACAAAAGAAUCAAAGCUACAAGAAGCCUAAACUUCCAAAGAAAACCAUAUUGCACAAGUGAGCAGGAGAAUUAGUGUCUCCAAACACAGUAAUGGUGUUUGAUUGGUAUUGUAUGAAAUUUUACCUGUUAGUUUCUCCUCUUACCUUUUCGUCCAAUCCCAAUGCUUUUUAAGAUUUUUGAGUGAAUAAAUGCCAACUUUGGAUAUCAGUAUGAGAAGUAUCAGUAUUGUUUACUUUAUUUUUCCUCA